AUCGGAUGCUCUCAUGCUGGCCCGCCCCGUCUCCGCUUUUUGGCCACGCUUGUCCACUCACAGCCCGCCAUAGCAGAGGCUCGCCCGCCGGACAUAGUAUUAAUUAUUAUUACAUACAUGUAUUACAGCGGACUCGGCUUCAUCCGACGACCCCAUUUUCAAUCCCUGGCAAGCGACCGCUUCAAUUCCUCGCCACUCCCUCUCCCAUCGCCUUGUUCGUAUACCUGCACACCUCACUCCAGGCUGCCGAACAGAGGUCUGCUAUGAACUACGAUUCCCAGGCCCAGUUCCUGGAAUCCAGGUCUCGAAAGGUAUAUCUAUAUCCGUCUACCUGGCGGGGGAGAAAGCCCUCUUUGGCCUUUUGGCUUCAUCUCUCAUACUGAAAAUCAUUUUCUCAACAACUAGACUCCCCAUCGUGAAAUGCCACAUUCACACCGCCAAAACUACUCCUCAUGGCGGCAUGGAGAAUCGUCCAGCGCAUCGUCUGUACCUCGCAACAGCCACCCUUUAAGCCUCCCACUGCCGUCGGCAAGAUACCAAGGUGAUGGAUUUGAUUACCGACGGCCGAUUAUGUCAACUACGUCGCAGACGGAAGACGUUAUCGAUUUGACAAAUGAGCCAGAUUCUCCUCCAUCGCAUCCAUCUCGCCCGCUACCGUCUCGGACACAAUCACUUCAUACCCACCGGCCGCGCCACCAUCGACCACCAAGGUUCGGAAGAAAUAUAAUGGCAGAUAUCGUCGACCUAGACGACGAAGCAGAUCAAGCUAUCGAUAUUGAUCCCCCAAGCAGCCCGGAAGUACAGUUCGUGCGAGCCACAGUACGCCCGCCGUCUACACCACGACGUCUCUUAGACGUCCUGAACCUUCGCAACGCCCAAGCAGGAUAUAUGUCGCCUCACGCUCGCGAGGCCUUUCGCCAAGAGAUAGCACUACGGACAAGGAGUAUGGGUCGUGGGCGAACAAGCUAUCAACCCACUUUUGAAGACUUAUUAUUCACUGGUGAUAUGAGUCCGAAUAUAGACCUUACAGUAGAUCUGGACUACCAAGCGCCGGGUUUCCAUAUUCAUGAGCCUACGCCACCAACUCCACCUCCGUCAUACAAACCCCCUAGUCCGGUGCCGGAAGGAUUUACAAGAACGGUUACCGACGAUGAUGUGGUUAUUUGCCCCAAUUGUGACCACGAGCUGGGCACCGGAGAGGGCCUCGAGCAGCAGGUAUGGGUCGCCAAGCCAUGCGGACAUGUAAGAUCCUCCAUUUUUUAUUUCUUAUACAUACGAGAGUUCUGACUUGUGCUAUCAGGUAUACUGCGGGGCUUGUACAAG